GAAUUCCUCCUCUGUCCUUUAUAGGCCAAGCUCAGCGUCUCCUCCGUUCAUUCAGAUUCAAUCCGGCGAUCUCAGAGCUCUCCUGCUUCCAUCUAUCUGAAGAAGUUCAGGCGAGAGCAGCAGAGCAGCUAGGGAGAGGAGAAGCAGCAGAAGUAGCUGGGGAUGGACUCCGUGGAGAGGUCCAGGAGGAGGGCGCAGCGAUGGAGCAAGCGCAAGGCCGCCGUCGUCCACCUCGCCGUCUGCUUCGUCGUCGGCGCCUUCGCACCGCUGGUCGCCACCCGCGGCCCGUUGAUCGACGGCAUCCGCGCCUCGUUUCUUCCGUUUGGCGGUGUUCAGCGAGUGGCUCCGCCGUCGGCCCCUGCUGCCCCCGACAUCGGCCUCCUGCUGAUCGUCACCGUCACACGGCCGGACGACGACGUUGUGUCGCAGGAGGCGUCGCUGACAAGGCUUGGGCACACGCUGCGGCUCGUCCCGCCGCCGUUGCUAUGGAUCGUGGUUGGGGCCGAGAACAGGUCGGCGUCAACGGUCCAGGUGCUCCGCGGCACCGGCGUCAUGUUCCGGCAUCUCACCUACGCCGUCGGCCAGAACAACGCCACCAACAUCACCACCGCCGUGAACAACGCCACCACCGACAUCACCGUGGAAGCCAGCGCCACCACCGCCGUGAACACCACCACCAACAUCACCAUGGAAGCCAGCGCCACCACCGCCGUGAACACCACCACCAACAUCACCGUGGAAGCCAGCGCCACCACCGCCGUGAACAACGCCACCAACAACAUCACCGUGGAAGCCAUCGCCACCACCGCCGUAAACAACACCACCACCAUGGAAGCCAGCGCCUCCACCACCAUGAACAAUGCCACCACCAACACCGUGGAAGCCAGCACCAGCAACACAACCACCGCCGCCGAGAAGAACGGCACCAACAACACCAUUGUCGAGGACACCACCAGCAGCGCCAGCAACACCACCAUCACCGCCGAGAAGAACGGCGCCAACGACACCAUCGUCGAGAACAACACCACCGGGAAUGUCAAUGACGAAGCGGACCUGAAGAAGAACGUGGCGCUGAGCCACAUCGAGCGGCACCGGCUGGCCGGGGUUGUCCACUUCGCCGCCGCCUCUGCCAUAUACGACCUCGAGUUCUUUGAAGAGCUCAGGCAGACUCGGGGCGUUGCAGCAUGGCCAACGGCAACUGUGUCAUCAGCAGAGCAGAGAGUAACAGUGCAAGGACCAACCUGCAACUCAUCACAGAUAACAGGCUGGUACUCCAAGGACUCAGGCACCAAUGAGACACAUAGAGAGUCUGUUGCUGCUGCACAAGAUACAGGUGCAAUCCAGAACAUCUCCAGUUCACCUCCUGCAAUAGAGACAUCUGGACUUGGGUUCAGGAGCUCAAUACUGUGGGAAUCAGAAUGGUUCGUCAACAGCAACAGCUCUCAGGACUUCAUCCAGCUUGUACGAGAAAUGGCGGUCGGCGACGGGGACGAGCGGAAGGGCAUCCCUUCUAACUGCUCCGAGUCACGGAUAAUGCUGUGGCACCUUGACAUGCCAAAGCACACUCCAGAAGUUGAAGAACAGGAGACUCCACAGGAGCGAAGUCCAUUGGAGGAAGACGAAGAGGACUAUAUGACUUGAUAUUG